AUGAUAAUAGAAGAUGGAAAGAAAAAAGAAGAUAAGGAAGAUGGAAAAGAGGAAGAAAUAAAGGAGGAAGUAAUGGAGGAAAAAGAAGAGGAAGAUGAAAAAGAGGAAGAUGUAGAGGAAGAUAGAAAAGUAAAAGAAGUAGAGGAAGAUGAGAAGGAGGAAGAUGUAGAGGAAGAUAGAAAAGUAAAAGAAGUAGAGGAAGAUGGGAAGGAGGAAGAUGUAGAGGAAGAUGGAAAAGUAAAAGAAGUAGAGGAAGAUGGGAAGGAGGAAGAUGUAGAGGAAGAUGGAAAAGUAAAAGAAGUAGAGGAAGAUGGAAAGGAGGAAGAUGUAGAGGAAGAUGGAAAAGUAAAAGAAGUAGAGGAAGAUGGAAAGGAGGAAGAUGUAGAGGAAGAUGGAAAAGUAAAAGAAGUAGAGGAAGAUGGAAAGGAGGAAGAUGUAGAGGAAGAUGGAAAAGUAAAAGAAGUAGAGGAAGAUGGAAAGGAGGAAGAUGAGGAAGAUGUAGAGGAAGAUGGAAAAGUAAAAGAAGUAGAGGAAGAUGAGAAGGAGGAAGAUGUAGAGGAAGAUGGAAAAGUAAAAGAAGUAGAGGAAGAUGGGAAGGAGGAAGAUGUAGAGGAAGAUGGAAAAGUAAAAGAAGUAGAGGAAGAUGGAAAGGAGGAAGAUGUAGAGGAAGAUGGAAAAGUAAAAGAAGUAGAGGAAGAUGGAAGGAGGAAGAUGUAG